ACUGCACUCUUUAACACAAAGAUCGCCGAAAAUAGGCAGAAUCCACAGCGACCUUUCCUACGGUGAUCACAUAAUUUUGGCGAUCGUGAUAAGAAAUCGCCUCUAGAUCCACAAUCUGAAGAUCUGAAGCAUUGCCACCAAUACAGCCAUGGCAUAUCUGGCUCCGAUUCACCGACCUUCGAGCGUGCGACACGCGACACGACUCUCUUUUCUCAGCGCAGAUUCAGACGAUCUGAUCGUAGCGAAAGCCAAUCGCAUAGAGCUAUGGACGACCGAACAGCGAACACCGGAGGAGGUUCCUGUUUUAGUCCUGCAGCAUACGAGGGCAAUCUAUGGUCGAGUGACGCUCCUACAAAAGAUUCGGCCAGCCACCAGCACAACAGAUCACCUAUUUGUCGGUACAGAUAGAUAUCACUACUUCACGCUCAGUUGGGAUGCGGAAAAGAAACAGCUUAAUACCGAGAAGAGUUAUGUGGACAUUGCUGAACGGACAUCACGAGACAGCCAGACGGGUGACCGGAUAAACGUCGAUCCUUCAUUACGAUUCAUGACCUUGGAAUGCUAUGAAGGCGUCAUAAAUGUCAUUCCUAUCGCACAUGCUGGAAAGGGCAAGCGCAAAGCUGUCGCAACUCAGGACAUCGGAGAGCUUGGUGAUCCGAUUCCCGUGCGCGUUCCGGAAUUGGCCAUAAGGAGUAGCUGUUUCCUGCACAAGCGACAAGCAGGGACGAAGCUUGCAAACCCAGAGCUUGCAGUCCUACAUGAGGACAGUGAGAACCAAUGUCGCGUCAAGGUCCGGGAGCUGGAAUUUUCAUCAUCUCUACGGCCGAGUGAGGAGCCUUCGAGUGCGGAGCUCGAGAAGUGCAAAGAAGUCAAUGGUCAGAUCGAACUCGGCGCGAGCCACCUCAUCGCUUUACCUCCACCAAUUUAUGGAAUGCUUAUCGUAGGGGAGACGAGCAUUUCAUAUGUAGAUGAGUGGGAGUACAACGUCAAGGAUGAAGUCCCAUUAGACGAAGCAACAGUGUUUGUUGCUUGGUGCGCGAUCGAUGAUCAACGGUUUGCCUUGGCAGAUGACUACGGCAAGCUCUACCUUCUGAUGGUCGAGACUGAUUCGAGAGGGGAGUACAAAGGUCUCAAAAUUGACGUCCUGGGAAAGACAAGCCGGGCGAGCACGUUGGUAUACCUCGACGGAGGACGUAUAUUCGUCGGGAGUCAUCAAGGUGAUAGUCAGCUCAUCUCAAUCCAACCUCAGAGCUUGGAGAUUUUGCAGACAUUUGCCAACAUUGCGCCAAUCCUGGAUUUCACCGUCAUGGACAUGGGAAAUCGUAGCUCGGACGCCCCAGUCAACGAAUUCAGCAGCGGCCAGGCACGCAUUGUCACUGGUUCAGGGGCAUUCCAGGAUGGUAGUCUCCGUUCUGUGCGAUCUGGCGUUGGUCUCGAGGAUAGAGGUGAUCUAGGAAGUUUGGAUGCUCCAAUCCUAGGUGUGUUCGGUCUGCACAGCAGCGCAGCAGCAACGCAAGUGGACACGCUAGUUGUGAGCUUCGUCGCCCACACGCGAGUAUUCGUCUUUUCGGAAGAGGGCGACGUCGAAGAAGUCGAACAGUACCGCGGAUUCAACCUGGCAGAAAGCACCCUUAUCGCAAGCGAUCUACCAGGAGGUAGAUCAAUACAAGUUACAGGCUCAUCAGUCCUGUUGACAGAUGCAGAAGGGGGCAUGGUCUUAGACACAUGGCAGGCACCCGCGUCCAUCACGGCAGUGUCCAUCAGCAAUGAUGCGGUUCUGGUGUCUUUGCAAGGCGCUACAUUAAUUCUACUCGAUCUCUCGGGAUCCAGCGUCCAGGAAAGAGCGCGACGAGAGUUUGGAAACAACGAACAGGUCUCGUGUAUCUCCAUGUCACCAUCACUAUCAAGGACUUGUGUGGUGGGCUUCUGGGAAGGCGGCAAGGUCGCGUUCCUGGACUUAGAGUCGCUCAGCACCAUUGCGAUUGAAAUCGUCACAGAAGAGGGCAGCGUAGCAGUUCCGCGAUCGCUCAUGGUGGCAAAGAUAUUGGCCGAUCAACCUGCAACGCUGUUCGUUGGUCUUGCUGACGGUAACGUCGUCACAUAUUCGAUCGAAUCGUCGAACAAGCUCUUUGCAAGCCGGAAGAGUAUUGUUCUCGGCACACAACAAGCCAACUUCGCCGUGCUCCCUCGCGCUGAUGGAUUGCAGAAUGUUUUCGCUACUUGUGAACAUCCUUCACUGAUUUAUGGCUCCGAGGGCCGAAUAGUUUUCUCUGCCGUCACUGCAGAGGACACCACUUGCGUCUGUUCGUUUGACUCUUUCGAGCCGUACGGACGCGCCAUCGCCAUUGCAUCAAACGACCAAUUGAAGCUCGCUACAGUGGAUGAGGAGAGGACAACACAUGUGCAAGAUCUCUACAUAGAGGAGACCGUUCGACGAAUAGCGUAUUCUGCCGAGCUGAAAGGUUUCGGACUCGGAUGUAUCAAGCGCGAGCUUACUGCGGGCGUGGAGACCGUCUCAAGUCAUUUCAAAUUUGUGGACGAAAUCGCUUUCAAAGAGUUGGACUCCUUUGAUCUCAAUGAGGAUGAGAUUAUCGAGGCUGUCAUCCGAGCUCCACUUGAAGAUGGCUCUGGUGAGACUGCUGAGCGAUUUGUAGUUGGAACUUCAUAUCUUGAAGAACCUGAAGCAGACUCGAUGAAUGGGAGGGUCAUCGUUCUUGAAGUCACAGAGGACAGACGAUUGAAGAUCGUUGCUGAACGCGAGACGAAGGGAGCCUGUCGGUGCUUAGAUAUAUGUCAAGGGCACAUCGUGGCGGCUCUGGUGAAGACGGUGGUCAUGUUCUCGGCCUCGCACGAGAAUUCCAGUGUCAUGCGCCUUGACAAGAUCUGCUCCUACCGGACAGCCACCGCUCCUAUCGACAUUUCCGUCACCGGCAACAUCAUCGCCGUCACCGAUCUCAUGAAAUCUCUCUCACUCAUCGAAUACAAACCCGGCAUUGCCGGGAUCUCCGGCACACUCACCGAAGUCGCCCGACACUUCGACACGCUAUGGGGCACAUCCGUCGCCAAUGUCGCCGAAAACACCUAUCUUCAAAGCGACGCCGAAGGCAACCUCGUCGUCCUUCAGCACGAAGUCAACGGCUUCAAUGCCUCUGAUCGCCGCCGUCUCCGCGUCACCUCAGAGAUGCUGCUCGGCGAGAUGGUGAAUCGCAUUCGUCGCAUCGACGUCGUGCCCACCGCCGGCGCCGUCGUCAUCCCCCGCGCAUUUCUUGCCACCGUCGAAGGUUCCAUCUAUCUCUUCGCGCUGAUCGCCCCGGGAAAACAGGAUCUGCUCAUCCGAAUGCAGACCAAGAUGGCUGAGAUGGUGCAGACGCCCGGCAACGUGCCUUUCGGCCGCUUCCGUGGAGUCAAGACUCAGGUUAGAGAUAUGGGUGAGGAGGGUCCCAAUCGGUUCGUCGAUGGCGAACUCAUUGAGCGCUUCCUCGAUUGUCCGCCGGAGAUUCAGCUGGAAAUUGCCAAGGAGUUGGAGGUGGAUGUUGAGGAUUUGAAGCUCAUGGUGGAGAAUCUGAGACGCAUUCACUGAAUCUUCGAAUGUCGAAGGUCUGAAGCAGGAUUACGGUCUAAUAAGGUGUAUAUCAUGAUGUUCUUAGUUUAUACGAAGUAACGAACUUGCGUCAGUAU